CACGUGGUGAACGCUGCAGAGCUGUGAGAGUGUGAGGGUAGCAUUCCAGCUGUCUGGACUCUUUGUCUCCUACUGAGAUGCAGCCUGUAGGUCCACAGGCCAGUCCUCCCAGGAACUGAAAUAGUGAAAUAUGAGUUGGCGAGGAAGAUCAACAUAUAGGCCUAGGUCAGGAAGAAGUUUACAGCCUCCAGAGCUAACUGGGGCUAUGCUUGAAGACCGUGUUGAAGAGCCUAAAGAGAAACCACCCACUGAAAGUCAGGAUCCUACACCUGAUCAGAAGAGAGAAGAUGAUCAGGGUGCAGCUGAGAUUCAAGUGCCUGACCUGGAAACUGAUCUCCAGGAACUGUGUCAGUCAAAGACUGGGGAUGAAUGUGGAGAUGGUCAUGAUGUCAAGGGGAAGAUUCUACUUUAA